GAAAUUCUGAGCGCUUAUAAUGAAUGUCCGAUUCAUUGGAUGACUUGAUGUAUGCGUUAAUAAACAGUGAAUUGUUUUAAUGUAUUGUCCAUUGAAUUGAUUGUGAGUUAAAAGACCGAAAACAUCACCACUGAAGACAUUGUCCGCACAAACUAUGGCUGAUAAUAGCCGUCAGCCGGAGAUGAAGUGCUCCACAGAUGAGAGCCAAUGCUUUUCAAUCAAUUUAAGUGAAGUUCAAAGAGAUUUUAAGCGCUUAAAAGUGGACGAAUCCACUCCAGAGGCGACCACUUCUUCUUCUAUUAGAUCCAAAUGUGAUAAUCAUUUGAACACUAAUUGUAAUUACUUUGCACUCAAAUCGAGUCCAUAUUCACCGAAAAUAAGUUGCCACGAAAAGAGACAAUCGGUUAAUGGUUUUCGUCGCCAAAGGCCUCACUCGUUGUCAUCGAUUAAAGUGAGACAAAACUCUUCGGACGUGAAGACAAUGGGAUCUAAAGAAGAGGAGUCGGAGUGUAGGGUCAAAGACACGACAAUUUGUAGUGAUUUCUCGGAAUUGAAUCUGAAUUCAGACAAAAGCGUUGAAAACGACAAUUACUUGUAUUUCAAUAAACACUUUAAACUCGAUUCCAAUGAAUGGAGGCAUAGGUUUGCGGACAUUAAGGACAAGAAGUCGACCACCAGUUCCAACAGUUCUGAACACAAUAUAAAUAGUAAAGUGAAGACAAAUAAAGUGAGGAAAAUGCGGGUCAAAGAGCAUAAGUCAUGCGCCCGACAGGCGUUAUGCGACCCGAGUCUAAGUCCGAGUCACCCGUCGGCCGACGCGUCGGUCGAAGAAUUGGCCGCUUAUUUCGAUGACACACUAUAUUUGCCCCGAAAGAUGUCUUUUAUGGCGGAAUCCAUUUAUUCAUAAAUUCAUUACUUUUUAUAUACAUUUCUUUUAAUUAUUUUCAACAUUUAUAUAACAUUUCUCU